UUCACCUUCUUCUAUUUUUAGGUCUUUGAUUUUCCUGGAAGCAUGUAACGGGAAGUUGAGAGAUCCCAAUUUUGGUUCUGGAAAACAGAUGGACUGUCAUGAAGUGUCUCAGGGCACUAUUAGUGGCUGGGCAGCUUUCUGCAAGAAGAUCCUUCUUUCCUAAAAAGAAUCUUAUACAAUCACAAAGAAGCUCUUACUUCCAGAACUCCAGUUUGGUUCCCGUGAGAAGUAUUCAAAGGAGCACAGUCCUUAGCACUUCCGACUUUGCUGUAAAGAAGCAUGAAAAACCGGACAAAGAAUCUGCCAAACAAUCGCUAGUGAAAAUCGAAGAUAUCUUCGAGACAGUAUCUGAACAUGAAAAAACUUCAGCUACAUUUCAGGAAGCUGUGGAAAUCUUCUGUAAGCAGGAUAUUCGCCGCACGGGUCACGUAGAGUUCAUCUAUGCAGCUCUGAAGAAAAUGCCAGAAUUUGGAGUGGAGAAGGAUGUCAAUGUGUACAACAAAAUCUUGGAUGUCUUCCCUAAGAAAGUCUUUAUUCCUCAAAAUGUUUUUCAAAAAAUGCUCAAACAUUAUCCCAGGCAGCAGGAUUGUGCUGUCGUGCUGCUUGAACAGAUGGAGCAUUUUGGUGUCAUGCCAAACCUGGAAACCAGGUUUUUGUUGCUCGAGAUCUUUGGUAAUAAAAGCUACCCUAUAAGAAAAUAUCAGAGGAUCAUGUACUGGUUCCCUAAAUUUAAGCAUAUCAAUCCUUAUCCCGUCCCAACUCCUCUGCCCGAAGAUCCUAUUGAACUUGCAACAUUGAGCUUGCAGAGGAUUGCGGCUGACCUGGAUUCCAAGGUUACAGUUUAUCAGACCUCCCACUCGGAAGUGCUAGAUUCUGGGAAAGAAAUCAACCAUCCACAUAUCGUAG